UGAAAAAUUAAAAAAUAUUUUGUCACCAGUGCGUCAAAAUAUUUUGUCUUUUUGUUUGAAAAUGCUAGAAGAAAAACAACCAAGAGAUGACUAUGAAGAAUUUUUAAAACUUGUAAUUAUUACACUUGGUGAAACACCACCAGGUGGAAUAAUAAUUCGUAAGCCUGGUGCAUGUCAUCAAGCAAGGUGGAUGGCUAAAGCAAUUUAUUGUUUGAAGAUCUUUUUGCUAAGAUUAGAAUUUAAGUUGACAAAAACCGAAGAAAAUGCAAUCUGCCGAGUCUCUGCGUUCAUUAUAAAAAUUUAUAUCAAGUCAUGGUUUACGGCAACGAAUGUAAGUGAGGCCCCUUUAAACGAUAUUGAUUUAAUAGGUAGAUUAUUUGAAUAUUCGAUUGAUGAUGAGCAUAUAGCUACAUCAUGCUUAAAAAAGUUUUUAAACCAUUUAUGGUAUCUCAGUAACGAGUGUAUGGCAUUUUCUAUUUUUGAUGAACGAAUAUCCACUGAAAACAGAAGACUGAUUGCAAUAAAACUCAGAGAGUAUGAAAACAUGAAUCAACUAUGUGAAGAACUAGUGGAAGAAGAAAAUGUUCAAUAUAAAUUAGUUUUAAAAAUAGAAAAUGUUAGGGACUUUUUAACAAAAAAGUUCCCGGAAUAUUUAUUAAAUCACCAGUCUCCAAAAUUAUUUAAAAGACUUGGAAUAAACACAUCGUUUUUGGAAAUUGAUCCAAUUGACUGGAAGAACAAUAUAUAUUAUCAAUUUGGAAAGAAAGUGGUUGAUGGAUUGCAUAUAGUGAACGACACUGCUGAAAGGGGCGUGAAGCUCACGGAAGAGUUUAACGAAAAAUUCACUAAAAAUGAAAAACAAAAACAAUGUUUACUACAAGUUAUACAAAAAUACAGAAAAACGUAUCCAGAAUGCUCGAAAAAGUCCAUGAAGGUUCAAUUUCCAUAA